AGCACACUUGCUUAUUGAUGAGGGAAAGAAAGUACACUUGAGUUGAUAUCCACCAAACCAAGAACCCCAGAGAGAGAGAGAGAGGAGAUCCAGAAGGAAAUGAUGCGAUACAGAGAGGAGAAAGAAGCUAAGAAGGAAGCGUUUAGGAAGUACUUGGAAUCAAGCGGAGUCGUCGAUUCGCUCACCAAAGUUUUGGUUUCCUUGUACGAGCAAAACGACAAGCCCUCGUCUGCAAUUGAUUUCAUCCAGCAAAAGUUGGGUGGUCCGACUGUGUCCGAGUAUGAGAAGUUGCAAGCUGAAUUAUCAGAUCUGCGGAUAAAGUAUAAUGAGCUUUUGGCUGCACACCAGGAAACUUGCAAGAAGCUAGAUGAACUAAAGAAUCCGCGUAACAUGGCUCCCACCAAGGAAACCAGUGAUGGCGAGGGUUCAAAUGACUCGCUGUAUGAGUAGACUGAGCUUCAUCGAGGCAUCCUUUGUGGUAAAAAGACAAGCAGCAGAAAUGAAGCCUCAACUGCAUCGCUGCAUUUGUCUAUGUAAGCAUUAUGAUCUCCAUUGACACAUUUGUUUAUUUGUGAACAGCGCGCCCGCUCUCUGAAUUCUGAUGUUUUGCUGCUUAUCUGAGUGCGUUCUUCAUUUCAUAUCUACGGCUGUUGUUCCUGUUGUAGUUGAUUAUCAUUUCUGCAAUAGAACAAAUUUGUGGUUUCAAGAGAAAAAAAUGGAGAAAGAAUGAGGCUCUAUU